GACCUUUCCUCCAAACCCCACAUUCUGCCCUCUUUGCCCCCGGCGAUGCGCCCCAUCGUGCCCCCAUCUGUGGCCGUGUCUGGGCCCGCCGGGGGGUGGGAGCCUGCCAUGUCCCACCAUGCCCAGAUGGAGGCGCUGUUGUGGGAAAACGAGAAGCUGAAGAAGGAGCUGGACACCCAACAGGAUAUCAGCUUCAGGAUACAGAAACUUGAGCAGGAGCUGAGGCACGUUUCUGAUGCGUACAGUCAGCUGAUCCAGACCUGCGCUGACAGAGAAGCUGAAGAAAACCAGCAGAGGGAGCAGUUACUGCAGGAGAUCAGGAGACUGCAGCAGCACAACAUUAACCUACAAGACAGAUUAGAGGAAACCAGUCGACAGGUCACCGAGGAGGUGGUGAUAACAGACCAACACCAACAUCAGAUGAUGGCCCUCAUUACACAGAACGAGGCACAGCAGCAGGAAUGUGCGUCUCUGCAGCGUCACCUGCGUCUGCUGAGCGUGCGCUGGCAUGAGCUGCGCGUGCAUGCGUUUGCGGUGGAACGCGCUCUGGGCGUGUCGGAGCGGCGCACCAGGGAGCUGCAGAGGGAGCUGCAGAUGCAGCAGACCUGCGGAGACACCGCUCAGCAACUGCAGGGGGCGCUCUCGCGUCUGCAGGACGCCUGCGUGCGCAGAGAGGAGCUGGACAUGGAGCUGCGAGUACAGUUACAGCAGCAGCUCAGACACAUGUCUGACAGCUCUUUCCCAAAUGACCAGCCAGACCCAGAUAUGGAGAGCAGGCUGGCUGUGAUGACCGCUUUAGUUCAUCAGAAGGAUGAAGUAAUCCGCCACCUUCAACAGAGGCUCCGAGAGGCUCUGAAGACUGCUGCCAGCAACCACAGUCAAUCCAUAUUGAGUACAGAAGCAGGAAACUCCGAAUCAGAGAAGCAGCGAGCCGAGUGCUCGUCAUCCACUCUCUCCAGCCCUCAGCCCAAGACUGCAGCAGCCAGCAGCCUGCCCCAGACCCUCACCCCAGCCAGCAGCCCCGGCUGCCAUCUCAGUGUGGCACCCAGCACUGCCAGCCCUGUGCCCUAUGCCAGUCCAAACCAGGCCAGUGUGGACUUUGUGCAACAACUGACCGCCAGACCUCCUGACCGGCUGGAGGGGCUAGACGUGAUGCAGGUGGAGGCCGUGGAGGUGUUUAUAUGA